AUGGCUCCUUCCCACCUCAAUCCAGAUGUACCGAGCAUCACCAGCCACUCUGAUGAGAAUACGCGGCCUCGAAAGCGCUCACGCCAUAUCGAUCUAGAUGGUAUGUCUUCCGCGGACUUUGGCCUUCCACGUUAUGGCAGUAGCACGCGGGACUAUACACCUCUAUGGGCCAACCUCAAAACAUCUGAAGGGACUCAGAGUCCCAAGAGGGACCAGAUCGAUCCGAUAUCCUUUCGAGAUGGCUAUGCACAGGUCUUAGCCUGUGACAUCGCACCGACCCCAAACAGCGUGGGUAAUCUAACUCCCCAGACACCGGGGCAUCGCGAUUCAAAGUUGCAUACUUUGUUACAUGCUAUUCAUCGCCCUGAUCUCUUCGAAGUGCUUCUCGAAGCCGGCGUUACUGACUUCUGGCUCCCACUUCCUAAGCGAUUGGCCUCCAAGUGGUUGAAGAACCAGGAGCUUGCUAACUUUCUUUGGCACCAAGAAGUAAGCCUGGCUAUGGAUAUACCAGCAGAGUUACACGGCAGUCACCUCUCAAUUACAGAUUUCGAGCAGCUAAGUUUUCAGGAAACGGACCAAGAACUGGAUUUUCUCGGAGCAGGGGGAUUUGGGGAAGUCUUUCGCGUCAAGAGACAGCUUGACGGACAAGAAUAUGCCUGCAAGAGUAUGAUACGGCGAGGGACGUACAAGAUGCAACGGGAUCUUAUGCUCAACUUCGAACGUGAAGUGUCGGGUAUGCGGAAGGUUCAACACCAGCAUUGCGUCGAUCUGGUGGCUUCGUGUACAAGCAUGGAUUCAGUCUACAUACUGUCCUCACCUGUGGCCGACGUGGACCUGGCUAGAUUCCUGGAUCUGGAUCUUGAUUCAAAUCAACUUUGUGUAUUAAGCGGUGCUGUUGGUUGUAUCGCGUCUGCGCUCGCAUACCUACAUAAACUUGGCAUACGACACGAUGACCUAAAGCCAAACAAUGUUCUCAUUCAUGGCCCGAAUGUCUUGCUGACUGACUUUGGAUUCUGCCUCGAUGCGUCUGACACGGGCAUUACCACUACCAUGGGUCCUCCAAAACAUUUCACGAGACGGUACUCCGCACCAGAGGUUUUCGAACACGCUCCAAGGAGCCGUUUGAGCGAUAUUUGGAGCAUGGGCUGCAUCCUCUUCGACAUCGUCUCUCGACUGCAUGGUUACAAGUUGCAAGAGUUGAAUCGCUUCUGGCUCUUGAACGGUACCAUGCGUGAUAGCUAUGCAGAAAACACAGCUGCUACAGAAGCCUGGUUUACUAUGCUAAGCGACUCCUCCACGCCUCAUAAACAUGCAUCCCCUUCUGGACUCCAGUGGCUACUCUCUUUCAUUAAAUCAUUGUUGUUGGAGCCUGACAGGCUCAUGAGGCCGACAGCGGCACAGGUAGUCAAGAGACUGGACGAGGCCAGCCAAGACCAAUCGUUCUAUGGACAUGAAGGACCUUUGUGGAUGGGCAGCUGCUGCAAACUGCUGGCUACCGGUUCAAACGGAGCAGUUCAUAGCCCGCUCUGGAGAGAACCCCUUGGCCGGCCUUCGUUCGACAUGUUCGGUACAGAUAUCGGGUUUGCACAACUGUUUUAUGACACAGACCUUCGAUUGAUUCCCUGUGGUGACAAUGUUUUCAACCCAGGAGAUUCCAUCAACGUGUCGUUCGGCGACAACAACGACUUCAGAGACUUCAACUUGAGGGUCAAGAAAUUGCUGGACAGAGUCGAUAUACCCAGCCAAGAAAGAUUGAGUGAAGUCUCACAACUUUCUCGGGCAGAGCUCAUGAAAAGUUUGUAUCUUCAUUCCGCUUGCGACAUUUAUUACGACAACAUAUGCUUGCGUUUGCGGUUAGAAGGAGACCUGGAAUCAUACUCUUACACGGCACGCAUCGUUGUGGUUGUGCUGCAACUUGAACGUCGACCCAUGCGUGGUGUCCCCUUCAUCACCCUGGUGUUUGAUCCUGAAAUACCCGAAACCCUUCGGCCCAUUUAUUUGCGACGUGCCGAACUGUAA